AUGACAAACACUAUGAAACGACAAAGACAGAAGCGCUUUGCAGAAGACAGGGAAACUGAGAUCCGUGUGGGCACAGGAGACUCUCAGGAAGGAGAGACACCGCUGGUCCAGGAGCUUCGUCAUAAUGAUGCCUCUCUGACUGUGAGUCCCAGCAGCUCUCAGUUUUUCAUGUGGAAGUCUGUCUCUCUGAGCUGUGAGGAGGACGACAGCUCUGCUGGAUGGACGCUGUGGAGGAACACGACCAGAGAAACCAGGACUCAGUGUGAUGCUGACUGGGGAAGAUCAGCUGGUUCUUCCUGUAACAUCAGCUACGUUACUACAUUGGACAGUGGAGUUUACUGGUGUGAGUCCAGAGAGGGAGCAACCAGUAACACCAUCAACAUCACUGUCACUGGUGGACCAGUGAUCCUGCAGAGUCCUGUCCUCCCUGUGAUGGAGGGACAUGAUGUCACUCUGCACUGUAAAACAAAGACCCCUCCCUCCAACCUCCCAGCUGGUUUCUAUAAAGAUGGCUCCCUCAUCAGGACUGAGCCUACAGGUCACAUGACCAUCCACCAUGUUAACAAGUCUGAUGAAGGCCUCUACAAGUGUAACAUCAGCGGUCGUGGAGAGUCUCCAUCCCUUGUGUUCAGACUGAUCUACCACCUGGUGGUGUUCUGUCCGUACUUCAUCUCCACUGUCCUCAUGGUGUCUUUAUAUCGACGCAGGGCCACAGGAAAUGACCUGCCAGUCUCCAUGGUGAUGACCCUGCCCUCCCGGGCUAAGGAGGGAUAUGACUGUGAUAAUAACUCUGUCACCACAGAGCAUCACUUCUGA